GUGUUUUCAAAAAAAAAAAAAGAGACGUGCUAAAUGGAGGGAAUAUAUUUGUCAUAAAAUACUAUUUGUAGUAACUGCGGACGCGGUUUCACUGUCACUCAAAAAAGUAGAUGGAGAGAGCUGAGGGACUAUUAUUAGACGCUCCAUGAAAUGAGUUGUUGCAGGGUGGAGAAGCAUUGUGAUCAUGGCUUCGCCAAUGGAAAUCCUUGUGUUUCUGCUGCUGUUUUUGGCUCCAACAUUUUCUCAUUGGGUAGUUGAUACCUUACCUGGUUUCCCAGGAAAACUACCAUUCAAACUCCAAACUGGUUACAUUGGUGUGGGAGAAUUUGAACAAGUUCAACUGUUUUACUACUUUAUCGAAUCGGAGAGGAGCCCAGAAAACGAUCCGCUCUUGCUAUGGCUCAGUGGAGGCCCAGGUUGCUCUGCUCUCUCCGCUCUCCUCUAUGAGAUUGGUCCUUUCACCUUUAAUUAUGCAAAUUCCACUGGGGACAUCCCAUCUUUGGAGUUGAAUCAGUAUGCAUGGACCAAGGUGGCCAACAUUAUAUUUUUGGAUCAACCUGUUGGAACUGGAUUCUCCUAUGCAGAAACAUGGGAAGCUUACAGGUGUAGUGAUACCUUAUCUGCACAAUACGCUUAUAGUUUCCUCGUAAAGUGGUUCCUGGACCACCCGAAAUUCCUUAGUAAUCCACUGUACAUUGCGGGAGAUUCCUAUGCCGGAAUUAUUAUUCCACAGAUCGUUCAAAGAAUAUAUGAUGGUUUAGAGUCUGGAAUUGAGCCACGCCUAAAUAUCAAAGGCUAUGUUGAAGGCAAUCCCGCAACUGACAAAUAUGCAGACAACAACAAUAGAGUGGUAUAUGCUCAUCGAAUGGGGCUUUUAUCAGACAAUCUGUACAAGUCCACAAAAGUAAGUUGCGAUGGGCAUUACAUAGAUGAACAUCCGCAAAGUGCAGCAUGUCAAUAUGAUCUUGAAAGAGUAUCAAAGUGUACUGAAAAGGUUAACGAGGAGCAAAUUUUAGAACCAAAGUGUAGCAAUAAAAAUUUACUGAGUCUAGAUGUGAGCUCUAUUGGUGAAAAUGUUACCAGUCUCCUUUUAUUGCAACACUGGUGCAGAGACGAUAAUUAUUUGUACUCUUCCAUUUGGGCAAAUAACAAAAUUGCCCAGAAAGCACUUCACGUGCGUGAGGAAUCAAUAACAGAGUGGGUCAGAUGCGAGGAGAGGACUGAAGCAUACAUUUAUGAUGUCAAAAGCACAGUCGAUUAUCAUAAGAGUUUCACCAACAAAUCUUGUCGUGCUCUAAUCUACAGUGGGGAUCAUGACAUGGUUAUUCCUCAUUUGAGCACAGAAGAAUGGAUAGAGUCCUUAAACUUUGUGGUUGAAGACGAGUGGAGACCUUGGUUUGUUGAAGAUCAAGUUGCAGGAUACACCAUGAAGUAUUUAGAGAAGGAGUAUGAGUUGACAUAUGCAACUGUAAAGGGAGCAGGUCAUACAGCACCAGAGUAUAAGCCACAACAAUGCUUGGCAAUGCUUCAGAGAUGGCUUAGCAAUUAUUCUCUUUGAUUAUGUAAUUGGAUGCAUAUUCCAUAAAUAAAAUAGCAAGGGAUUGAUUUAAUGCUAAUGUGAUGAUUUUUAUAUGGUGUAAUAAGAAUUUAUGAAUGUAUAGGUAUUUUUACAUUUGGUUGUAGUAAAAUUGGAACGUUAUUGUAGCAUAAAUAUAAUGUUAAUAUUUGUGG